CUCUCAACCCUAACACACAAAAUCAACCUCUGAGUUGGUCUCAAAACUAUUCAAUUACAAGUCACUACCAACCUUGGCUUUAACCUUCAACCUUCAAAACAUACCAUGAAACUCCAUUUUCUUCAUCAUCAUCCUCGUCGUCGAGACUAGUCCCCAAGCCCGAUCUCUCCCAAAUCGGCUUCUUCCUCACCUUUUGUGAUUCCUGACUUCACGUCCUCGAACAGAUCGUCGAGGGCGAUCUCAAAUGCCCUCUCAAAUCCGAUUUCAUCAAAUUCAUCUUCACCUUCAACAAACUCCAAACCUCAAAUUUUUACUUCUCCAAAAUCAUUCUCACCAAUCCCAAUCUAUUAACUAUCCUCUUCGGCAAUUGAAUCCCCGAUCUCAAAAUCUCCAUGAAUGUUCGAUCUGAAAUGCACAACAUCAACUCCAAAUCCAAUUGUCGCGACUACUUGUCCACUAGUAAAAAUAAAGAGAGGCUUCGAAGGGGAGGGGAUUCAAAUGGUGCUCUCUCUCUCUCUCUCUCUUUCUUUCUCUUCACCUCACUCUCAUACUCUCUUUGAUAUGUCCCACCACACCACCAAUUUCUAGGGUUUAUACAUCUCGUUGUGGUGAAUUGACCCAAUUGAUAGUUCUGAGAAGCCAUGAACGAAGAGACACCACUCGUCGCUCGAUUUCUGAUGCAUAUGAGGUCGAACCCAAAUCCCGUUUGGAUGAUUCGAAGGUGAAGAAAUUGGGUUCAAAAAUUUCAGUUCUAUUCACUUGGUGGAUCAGUUACAUAUUACAUUGAGCUUCUGUUCAUUGUGCAAUGCAUCAACUAGAUGUUCAGCUAGAUAUUACAUUGAGCUUCUGUUCCUCUUCCCAAAAAGUAACUUCUUUAAAUGGCCGCAUGGAAUCAGCAACUAUUCCAGCAGCCAAGAAAGCUGAUCUAAAGGCCAAAGUAUCUGUGCUUCAGAAUCAAGUGAUAAAAGCAAAAAAGAAGAUUGCUGAAGAGAAUAUACAGAAAGCUAUCAAGGUUGCAAUCGAGACAGCAGAAGUUGCUGCAUCUGAUGGAAAGGCUUUCUGUAUAUCACGUGUCAAUGUUGGUUUGGACACUACAACAAUGCGUGAAGCGGUUGUCAAAGUCAUGGACGAGAAGGGGAUAGCGGUUAUGGUUUUCAGCACAGAUGAAACUGCAAACAAAGCUUUGGUGUAUGCUAGGGUACCUGAGAAAGGAGAUAAAUGUAAGCAAUUAAAGGUGUUGGAGUGGUUGGUGGCCGAAUGUCAGGGUGGAUCCACUUGGUGA